UUCAUUGGUCUUUGUGAAACGGAAGUGGUCGUUUGAAUGGCUUGUCGGAUUGUCACUAACCUCGAGUUUCCUUGUUCUUUUUUUCGAAGCGAGUUACACAAGGUUGAAAGUGCUGCGAGGUAGGCUGUUGCCUUAAGGUAAAUAAAUCGCAGGACGAGUAUAGGAGAGGGACAUUUCAUUUCAUCAAGACCUUAAUUUAUAAAACCUUAACUCGGGAUGCAUCCAGACCUGUCUCCUCACUUGCACACAGAUGAAUGCAACGCUCUGAUCGCACAGCUCAAACAGUGUCAUAUGGAGCACAGUGUUCUCAAAUUUUUUGGCACCUGUAAUGACUUGGAUCGAGCAAUGCGCCACUGUUUGAAGAAGGAGUACGAAGAGAAAAGAGCCAAGAGCAGAGGGCAUGCAGAUGAGAUGCGUCAGAAACUGAGCCACCCUCCCAAACCAGCUCAGAACUGAGCUGUGGUGUCGUCUCGCUCCGAUGGCAGAGCGUGAACUGUGGCCACAGCUGAGCGAGACACUUGAUGCACAGUGGAGGAGAUGGAGCACCGGGCCGUUCAUCACUUGAGCUGCAUUCAUAGGGAGCCACCCGGAUACAGGGUUUGUUUUUUGCUUGAGCAUUUGAAAGUAAUUUAAAAAUAAUGGACAAUGUCUGGAAGGAGAGCAAAGAGCAGGCGCCUGACCUGGACCCAGUGGAGCCUCUGUAACAUCAAGAAUGUGCCAAUAUGUUUUUCUUAAAACAGUGUAUUCUGAGCACAUGCUUUAGGUCUGAGAGUGGUUUAGAUUCAUAUUUCAUUUCCGUCUUGUUUGAUUUAUUUAUAAUAAAAUGAUAUAUAAAGCUAUAAAAUCCGUUUUUCUUUUCUGAAUGUGGCGGUAAGGAAAAGUGAUUUUUAAACAAAUCUUACAUUAUGUGUGUGAGAUUAAUCCACUGUUCUGUAUGGUUAAAUAUUACCAGCUUCAGUGUCUUUCAAUAUAGGCUUUACAGUAACAUCUGCCCAUUAAAAUUGUAAUGUUACUUUAGUAAUACUUAUUAUGCCUGUCAAAUGUCAUAUUUAAUUUUGUAUUUAUUUUUAUUUAAUAUAUAAUUUUGGAGUACAUCAGAUAUUACCCUGUAAAUCUGGAUUUCACAGUUAGGAACUUUGAAGAAACCCAAAUAAUCAUAUAGUUCAGUAAAAACAAAUAGAAGCAAAAAUCAAUCAUUCUAGGAGGACAUUCUUUUACAGUUGUGAAAAUGAGAGACCCUCACAGCUCUUAAAAUUAUAUUGGGCUUCAAGAGAUCCUAUAUUAUUUUUUAAACGUGUUACAGUAUUGACUGUAAAUAUUGAAUAACCACUUUAAUCUGCUUAAUUUGACAGAUUAUUUUUUUAGUGUUCAGUUCCCUGAGAUAGACUGCCUCAAUAAUUUUGGUUAAGAAGGUUAAGAAUCCUUGUUUUUGUGGCUUAACAAAAUAGACAGUAAGAAGCCUUUCUUCCAUUACUGAUAACAAUGUGUUUUUGUCUUAACUACAAUGCGCUUCAGCACUCAGUUGUCAUUUAGUUCUUUUGUGAUUAUUUCAUGAUUUUAUGAGUUUUCUUAACUCUCUCAAAAAGAUUAAUUGAAAAUGAACCCCAUAUGUCCCUCCACAUUUUGCAUAAUACAGUUGUUAGUCUUGGAAACAGAAUGCAGGAUUGCAGUCAGCCUCUCUGCUGCCUGAGUGCCUUUUUAGUUCUAGUAGAAGCCAGGAAAUCUAAGCCAACACACCAGAUUGUUUUCAUGCAGUUUUCAGCAACUCUAAUAUGUGUCUGAUGUUCUUUAUUCUGGUGAUAAAACAAUGACAACUGUGCUGUUCAUUGUGUAUCAACAACAGUAUCCCAGAACAGAUGUCAAAGCAUGUUUCUUGAGCUGGUGGUUUAAUGUUUGAAAGAGCAAUUAUAUUAGUUUGUUUGUUUUACUGUAUUUGGUAAGGUUAUUUAUUUUGUGUACCUUAAAUACUAGUGGAACAAACAAGGAUUGGCAUGUUACAAAAAAGCAUUCAGAAUGCCAAUGAGAAAAUUGGUACACUAAAACUAUGUUCAGUAUUAUAAGCCGGUUAAAUGGUAAGACACAUGUUCUUUUUCUUUCACAUACAGCUAAUUGAUCUGCGGUUUUCGCCCUACUGAUUACUUUUACUAUUUUAAUAUUUUGGGGAAAACACCUUAAAACCUUUACACAUACAGUACCCAAGUCCAAAAUGCAUAUUCAUUUAUAUUACAACAGGGUUUGUCAGCUAAAAAAGAUAGUGUAUUGAAGAAGAUACUUUUCCAUAAGUUUUUGGUUGUUUUAGAAUCUUAUAUUUUGCUUUGAGGAAGAUGUUUUUAAUCUGAUGACUGGAGGGCUUCAGGGACACAUGGCAGAUGUGCUCAGUUGAUACCCCAGCUAGGGUUAGGGUUAGCCUUCCCACACUACCUGGGCAUAUUCUACUCUUAUUGCCGCACUGUGGGGCCCAGGUGAAAUUGAGGCCAAGUGAUCCUGUAAUUUGCUUGUAUUUUAAUGCUCUGAGACGUUUUGGCUGUUUGUAAUGUACAUUUCGCCCUUCAGUGAUGGUAUCCAAAAAAAUUGAGUAACAUGAAAAGUUGUAAGAAAUCCUGUUUUCUUUUGGGUAAAUGUUUAAUUUUGUCAUUUACAGUGCAACUAGAAGUACAACCAGAGUCAACAUUUAUUGGUUCUUGUAACCCUACCCAGGGGUAAAAUGCAUGCUCAUUUAUAUUACAUUUUAAGAUAAUUUUUCAUCAGAUGUAAAAUAUACCUAACGAAGAGAGAUUAUUGAAGAAGUUGAAUUUCCAACUGUUUGUACUUUUCACAUUUUUCAACUGCUUUCUCCAAUUUAGGGUGACAGGCGGGCUAGUGCCUAAAACGGUCCAAGUCACAGUUCACCCUGGAUGAACAGCAGUUGCUGACACAGCCACACUCACACCAGGGCCAAACUUCCCAGAAGCUCAUUAGCCUACCCACAUGUACUUAGACUGGGGGGGUGGGGCUGGGUACAGACUACUCAGACAGCACCCCAGGUGUGGAAUUGAACCCAGUGGUAGCUACAAGGCAGCAAUGCUAACCACUGCACCCAUAUGCUGCCUGAAAUUGCUCAUUGUAAGCAAUUGAGCUACCCUUAUAGGGUUCUAUUGAUAUUACUGAACGUACAGAAACAUGUUUUUUAAUUUUUACUUUGUUUUAGAAUUUUGUGCAAUUUAAUUUUUUUUCAGUGAUUAUUUUUGAAUUUUUUUUAAAUUGCUGAAGCAUACAUAACACAGGCAACACUCUUUAUAAGCAAUUCACCAGUCAUUAUUGUCCAGUAUUUCUAAUUCUACAGGCGAAAUUCCCCUUCAGUAGGUUUUGGCCAUUAAAACUGAGAAUCAUUUCUGAGUGAAACUUUUUUAAAUCAAAUUUCAUUUUCUGUCCAUGUCUUAGAUGAAAACAAAUAAAUAUGAAAACUAAAUUAUCACACGAAAAGCCAAGUAAUCCAUUUUAGAUGAAAGCUGGCUGUAAGAAGUAUGAAAGAUGGAACCAGAAGGUUCUCAGUGAUCAUGUAUGGACUGUUACAGUACAUGAAAGGGGAUUCUUUUCUCAAAGCUGGAGACAUAUUAGAAAAGUAUGUAACCAUCGAAACGUGUAUAAUUAUGAUUAAGACACAUCCCUUAGCUCAAUUUGUUUAAGUCAAUACUGGUGCAUUUGUUAUGUAUUCAAGAACAGAAACAUCUAAUCUGCUAUAACUAGUGUCUCAAGAAAAUCUCUUUCAUAGAUCUUGGAGGAUGAUAUAAGAGCAAAGUAUUUAAGAGAACAGUCCACUCAUAGGUUGUUCAUGGCUUCCCACACCUACAUAUGAUGCAAGCAGGCCCGUCACAAAGUCCAAGAGUGGCCCAAGUCCCAUACAUGUCUGACACUAGAACAAAUGCAAUAGUUUCCAAUUGUGACUGCUAUGGGCUGAUUUUUAAUUAAUGAUAUAUAUUACUGAAGUCAUAAAACUAUUACUGAUAAACAUAGGUAUGGCUCAAUGAAGGCCUAGAGUACACACCUCUUGAAAUAUUGUAGGUCAAAGAAAAUUGUUUUUACAACACUCCACAUGAAAGAGGUUUUUAAUUAAUUCCAUAGUUUUAUUCAAAGCAGCUUUCUUCACAAUGUAUAAAUACUGCAUCUUUUUAACACACAUGAAAAAUACAACUUCUAAGGCACCCAGAAAUGUGUUCAUAGACUAUUACAGGAGCAUCAACUAAUGUACUGUACACACUUGGAUUGAGACAGUGUUCAUCACAGAGGAAAGAAGGGUUGGUUUAAAUAUCACAAAAAUAUAUACAACACUGUGAUACAGGGUGCCUCUACCCUUAGGAUAUUAAAUAAAACCUUCUACAGAGGUACUUUAUGUCAGAUAUAACUCCGUUUUUAUUCUGUACAACAUUGCAAUUGCGAUUUCUGAUGAGUUAAUUCAUUACCUUCAUCGACAAAGCAACCUCUCCUGAAAAUUUUCACCUGUCUCGGGAUGUGAGGAAUUCAGCCAAUAAACAUGGUACAGUUUUAUACUUGCGUUAACGGUAUCAAAGUGUCUCUCUUUUUGGUACUUUGCUUCAUCAUUUUUAAUGUUUUUUGUAAUUAGCCUCUUUUUUUUCUCCAAAAUUAUUCACGCUUAAAUGAUUACAAAAAUACAGAAUCCAUUAUUGAAAACUUUGGAUAGCUCCCUUGAAAACAGAGGAACACUGCCAAUGAAAGUGGCCUUCUGUCACUGUACGUCUUUGCAGUAAGGGCAGACAACCUCAACUCUUCACUAGCUUCUCAUGAGGAAUAAAGAAAAUUGCACUUUUAUAAGGCAAAAGAGUAGCAGGCUGCAAACACCUUGUUUUUUUCUUCAAAGAGCUCAUAAACUGUCUUUUUGCACCCCCUACAAAUGAUGUGAAAAGUGUCUAAUGUUUUUAAUCUUGAGCUCUAAGACCAGGCCAACCUCUUGACCUCUUGAGAUGUGAUGCAAGAAUAACAUGUUUUAUGUAAGCUAAAUAUAUUAAUACUAAAUAAACAAAACCCUUUUAACAGUAAA